UGAUUUGCAAUUUUAGUGAUAUUACUAGGUACAGUAGAAAUUUUGUAAAUGAAAUGCUUUUGGUGCCACAAAAAGUGCUCCACUUGUGAGGUGUUUCACUUACAGAGGUUCAUUAACUUGGAGUCAACGGGCCAUAAGACUUUAAAAAUCCCUUCCACGUGUGAGGUGUUCCACUUACAAAGGUUCAUUAACUUGGAGUCAAAGGGCCAUAAGACUUUAAAAAUCUGUUCCACUUGUGAGCUGUUCCACUUACAGAGGUUCAUUAACUUGGAGUCAAAGGCCACCCGACUUAAAAUAUCUGUUCCACUUGUGAGGUGUUCCACUAACAGAGGUAAAAGAGCCACAGGACUUUAAAAAUCUGUUUCACUUGUGAGCUGUUCCACUUCCAGAGGUUCAUUAAUUUGGAGUCAAAGGGCCACGGGACUUUAAACAUCUGUUCCACUUUGGUGGUGUUCCACUUACAGAGGUGUUUCACUUAGCAGUUUCUACUAUUGUAUUGUAUUGUAUAUUUAUUUACCUCUAAUUAAUAGAGAGUUACAAUAGUUUAAAUACAUUAAAGUGUAAUAUAAAUGCAACUACUGUAUAUUGAAACCUCCAGCUGCAGUAGUUUUGGGCAUGCUGGGUUGAUUACAAACUGGCAAUUGCAAUUUUAGAAUUUUCAGUUACAAUAGGAUUCAAAGCAAUUAUUUUUCUUGAAUAAUAAAUAUUAUGAGUAGAUAAAGUUGUAAAUAAUUGUAGUUGUAAUAAUUCUAUUUACUCCGAUAAUAAUUGUGAAUAAAAACUGUCACAAAUGGAAUUUCAGUCAAGUUUGUUAAAAUUGGCUUUCUGUUAUCAUCAAAGUUUAUUAUUAACGGUAAUUAAAACAUAGUUAAAGAAAAAUAUAAUUCUCAUGAAUAUGGUGGC